AUGGACCUCUUGUCACCCCCAGAUGAUGUUGUUGGCUGGGUGUCCUCUGAUUGUGCUGUGAGUGUUGGCACCUGGCUCACAGAUUUUGAGCUGAAUCCUGCCCCUACAGAACCAACUCAAGUACGUUUGGUGAAUGGCUCCAGCCAUUGCUCAGGGAGAGUUGAGAUCCACCACAACCAGCAGUGGGGGACAAUUUGUGAUGAUGGCUGGGACCUGAGAGAUGCAGAGGUGGUGUGCCGGCAGCUGGGCUGUGGGAUGGCCGUGUCAGUCCCUGGCAAGGCUCACUUUGGGCAAGGACACGCUCCCAUCUGGCUGGAUGAGGUGAACUGCACAGGGACAGAAGGUGCCAUCACAGAAUGUAGAUUGGAGCCCUGGGGGGAACACAACUGCAAUCACAACGAAGAUGCUAGCGUUGUGUGUUCAGAGCCCACAGAACUGCGGCUAGUGAAUGGCCCAAAUCGCUGUGCUGGGCGGGUGGAGGUGCUUCACCACCAGCAGUGGGGCAGUGUGUGUGACAAUCACUGGGACAUGGAGGAUGCCAAAGUGGUGUGUCGGCAGCUGGGCUGUGGUGCUCCAAUCUCUGCUCCAGGCUGGGCCAAGUUUGGCAGAGGCUACGAUCCCAUCUGGCUGGAGAAAGUGACCUGCUCGGGGACUGAGGCUGCCCUUAGUGAGUGCGAAGCCCAGACAUGGGGAGUCCACAACUGCCACCACGGGGAAGACGCCAGUGUGGUGUGCUCAGAACCAGAGGUGGUUCGGUUGGUGAAUGGCCCAAGCCGCUGUGCUGGGAGAGUUGAAGUCCUUGAGCAGCGCCAAUGGGGGAUGUGUGACGAUGCCUGGGACCUGCGUGACGCAGAAGUGGUGUGCCGGCAGCUGGUGGGGACAGCAACUGCAGCUCCAGGCUUGGCUUACUUUGGCCAGGGACAUGGUCCCAUCUGGCUGGCCAAGGUCAACUGCACGGGGACAGAAGCUGCCCUCUCCAAGUGCAGGGCCAGGCCCGAAGGAGUCCACCUCUGCCACCAUGGAGAAGAUGCUGGUGUGGUGUGCUCAGAGCCUCCUGAGGUCCGGCUGGUGAACGGCUCAAACCGCUGCUCUGGGAGAGUCGAGGUGCUGCAUAACCAGCAAUGGGGAAGUGUGUGUGAUGAUGACUGGGACCUGGAUGAUGCACAAGUGGUGUGCCGGCAACUGGGCUGUGGUACAGCUAUGGGCUCCACGUGCAGCUCGUUUGGGCUGGGGAAUGACCCCAUCUGGCUUGAUGAUGUGAACUGCACAGGCUCAGAGGCUGCCCUCUCUGAGUGCAGGGCCAGGCCAUGGGGUGACAACAACUGUAACCACCGAGAAGCUGCCAGUGUGGUGUGUGCAGGACCACUCCAGCUCCAGCUGGUGAAUGGCUCCAGCCGCUGCUCUGGGAGGGUCGAGGUCCUUCGUAACCAGCAGUGGGGGACUGUGUGUGAUGACGGCUGGGACCUGAGAGAUGCAGAGGUGGUGUGCCGGCAGCUGGGCUGCGGGAUGGCCGUGUCAGCUCCAGGCUCAGCUGAGUUUGGGCAGGGCUCCAGCCACAUCUGGCUGCAAGGUGUUGAGUGCACAGGGACAGAAGCUGCCCUCUCCAAGUGCAGGGCCAGGCCCGAAGGAGUCCACCUCUGCCACCAUGGAGAAGAUGCUGGUGUGGUGUGCUCAGAGCCUCCUGAGGUCCGGCUGGUGAACGGCUCCAACCGCUGCUCUGGGAGAGUCGAGGUGCUGCAUAACCAGCAAUGGGGAAGUGUGUGUGAUGAUGACUGGGACCUGGAUGAUGCACAAGUGGUGUGCCGGCAACUGGGCUGUGGUACAGCUAUCUGGGCUCCACAUGCAGCUCAGUUUGGGCUGGGGAAUGACCCCAUCUGGCUUGAUGAUGUGAACUGCACAGGCUCAGAGGCUGCCCUCUCUGAGUGCAGGGCCAGGCCAUGGGGCGAAAACAACUGUAACCACCGAGAAGCUGCCAGUGUGGUGUGUGCAGCUGCUGGAGUUACUGCAUCGGCUGCCAGAGGUCUCAACCGAGACAACUGAGGAAGAGCUGGGCAAGACUUCAAGGGAGGCAGGCAGGCCAACAGGCCCUGCACCUUGUGGGAAUGCCCGGAAGAAGCGGUGGGUGAUUUGGAAAGACUGACAAAGGUCUGACAAAGGUCUGACAAAGGGGGAAUUGGAAAUGCUAGCCCUCUGAGGGGUAGUAAAUGCUGUGGGGUUGAUCUGCUUGGGCCA